AUGGCUGUUUUCAACAUCAUUACCGAUGUCGCGCUCAUCAUCUUCCCCUUUCCCAUUCUUCGGCACGUCAAGCUUGAUGGCAAAGUAAAAUUCCAGCUCAUCCUCUUGUUCAGCAUUGCGGGCCUUGUUGUCGUAAUCACCAUCAUGCGACUUCCCAUGAUACUGAACCAGGCAGUAUCGCAGAGAUCUCGCUCCAUGUGGGCCUCCAUCGAGAUACUCUGCGCCUGUGUCGUCGCAAACACGGCAUUCUUCUACGCCUUGUUGAAGGACUACCAGCGAGGCCACGACUCGCGUGUCGGGGGUUCGAGUUACGCCCAGCAACCCGACUACUACAUGCAAGCGAUCCCGUCGUCCGAUGCGCGCAAGGGUUCCUCGCGGUCGGACACGUUGGAUGUUCCGGAUUAUUGGUCGCGAGAGAGCAGGUCUAGCAGGUCCAGCAGUAUACCCAUGAUACCUUGA